AUGAUAAUCGGAAUGGUGAUGGGUGGCAGUGUUAAUAAGGGUAAGGAGCAAGUGGUGGCUGCUGGAUUAAGGGAUGAGGAUGAUAGGUAUGAGAGUGAGGGAUUGUGGGAUGUCCCUGUAAGCGAUGAUGAAGGAGAUCCCUUGUUGAGGAGGUACCCGUUGUAUAAGAGUUUGAAGAAUAUGAAGGAGUAUAAAUGGGAGGUUGGGACAAUAUACGUAGAUAAGAAUGCUUUUAAGGAAUGUGUAACGAGCUAUGCUGUGCACAGUGGCAGAGAAAUAUGGUUCUCAAAGUGUGAUAGCCAUAGGUGCAAAGCUGUUUGCAAAGAAGGUUGCAAGUGGUUUGCUUACUGCCAUAAGAUGAAGAGAGAGGAUAUAUGGCAACUGACCAGCUGUUACAAAAAACACACAUGCUCUAAGGCAAUCAAGAUUGGUAUAAUGAGUUCUCAGUGGCUAAGUAAGGCUUUUAUGAAGAAGAUCUGUGAAAACCCGAAAAUCAAGUUGAGAAGUUUGAUAAAGAAGGCUCAGAGCAAGUGGAAUGUGGAUCUCACAAUGACCAAAGCUGCCAGAGUGAAGCAGCAAGUCCUGGAUGAAAUUAAUGGUACUUAUGGAGAGCAAUAUAGGAAGAUUCAUGACUAUGCUGCGGAGUUACUGAGGUCUAAUCCGGGUUCCACUGUUCAGAUACAAGUGGAGAGACCUCCUGAAUUUCAGCUAGAGACACCAACUCCUGGUACGGACAUGAGACCACGAUUUCAGAAGAUCUAUAUCUACUUGGAUUCUUGUAAAUGGAGUUUCAUGGUGUGCAGACCCAUGAUCGGCCUUGAUGGAUGCUUCAUCAAGACUCCAUAUGGGGGUCAACUUCUAACAGCCAUUGGAUGGAACCCCAAUGAUAAGAUUUUGCCAAUUGCCUAUGGUGUUGUUGAAGCAGAGAUGAAAGACUCGUGGAGAUGA